CUAGGAGGUUAAUUUAUGACAACAUUAUGGUAGCCUUUGAAGCUAUCCAUCAUUUGAAAAAUAAAAAGGUUGGCCGGAGAGGUCAUAUGGUUGUCAAACUUGAUCUUGGCAAGGCUUUUGAUCAAGUAAAAUGGAAUUUCUCAGAAGACACUAUGCAAGCUAUGGGUUUUCUUGAACGGAGAGGACCACCUUAUGCUAUCAAGUUCUCAGAGCUAAAUACUUUCCCAAUGGAGAUUUAUUGGGAGCUUCUGACGUCAAACUCUAGAGAGAACUGGUUGCCUUUUGGAGCUAUCCCUCGGCCAUGGUCCGCUCUUAUCCAACAGGGCAUGGAUGAUAAGGUCAGUGCUUUCAUAGAUGUCAAUACAGGCUACUGGAAGGAAGGAGAUGUUCGACAACAAUUUUGUGCAGAAAAUGCAGAGAGCAUUCUACACAUCCCCCUUAGUAAAAGAUGCUCCGUUGAUAGAUUAAUAUGGCUUGGGACCAACAAUGGCAAAGUUUUAGUUAAAUCUGCUUACAAAUAUGCUUGGGAGUUGAUCUUUGGCACUCAGCACCAUGCUCAUGAUCAAAUACUGAAACCAGUUUGGAGAGCAUUUUGGUCAUUGAAUGUCCCCUCUAAGCUUAAGCAUGUUUUGUGGAGGAUAAUAUGGGAGAUUUUGCCCUCUCGCGAUAUACUGCAAUCGCGUGGCCUUGAGAUAAAGCACGAAUGUGGUAUUUGCGGGGUCAUCAAAAUAAAUGUGGAUGCAAGUAUCCCACCUCAGUCUGGUACAGCAAGCCUUGGGGUCGUACUUAGAGACUGCAACGGUGGUGUGCUCGGUGCCGGCAAAAAGACCAUCAGCUUCCAAGGUAGUGUCAAUCACGCAGAAGUCUUAGCAAUCAGUUUUGGGGUGCAUCUCAAGAAAGAGUUUGGGUGCAAAAAUGUUGUUGUGGAGUCUGACAGUAAGAAUGCGGUACAAGCGGCAGCUUCGUUGGAAGAGUGUUUCCUAAUCUACGGGGCCGUUGUUGAAGAGAUACAAGAACGCACCAGAUUAUUUGAUUCCUGCUCUUUUAAAUUUGCUCGUAGAGCAUUGAAUGAGACUGCUCAUAGAAUAGCACAUAUGCAUUCCCCAUUACCACCUUGGGAAGGGGUUUGGGUGGGCACUUUACCCUCAGCAAUUGGUAUUGAUUUGGUCUCUUAAGCAAUAAAAAUUUAUUUAUCUA